UCCGGGCGGUUUUCGUAUCAGUCGCUGGAGGAAUGCCAGCCCGAUACCACGUUUACCAAAAAACUUUAACAAACUAGUUCGAAAUAUAACGAAAAGUUUUAUCAUAAACGAAGCAAAAAAAAUUAAACCAUUUUUUUUAUAUCCAUCUUAUUCGAAGUGAAGAAAUGUGAAGACAAAACGAAAAAAAGUAGUUUUAUUUCAACUUCGUCGAAGAAAACUGGUCGCAUAUUUUUAAAUGAUAAGAACUCGAACGAAAAGGGUUUCUUAUCGUUUUUGGUGAACGUAAAAAGGAAAAAAUUUCAACAUUAAGUGACUUUAAAAAUGGUGAAAUUCGAAAAUUUAAUCAAACCAGAAAUGAAUAAGAACAAAAACGCGAAUUUAAAGCGUUCGUUGUGCGUGUUUAGUGUUUUAUUCGCGUUUUCCAUCGGAUUUUUCGUUGGCAUUUUAAUACCCAUCAUGUGCUUUAAAGAGGAUUUGCCCAAAAAUAAAACCAAAAUCGAUUUGAAUCACGGAGACGAAUUCAAAAUCGAAAAUAUCUUCUUAAACAACAGCUUUGGAAACUUAAAUUUAAAUCAAAAUCUAACCAAAAACGAAUUCUCAACAGUUUCAUUCAUCGAAAACUUCGAAACGAAUAAUCUCAUCGAAAACGGGAUAUUUUGGGGCAAAAAAAUCGAAAAUUUAAUCCCAAAAGGAUUCAACGAGAAUCAUCACAAAUCUUGGAAAAACUUCAUCAACACAAACACCGCUGUGAAGUUAGAAAACGGAUGUGGAAGGAUGCAAAAUCGUUUGGUUAUCUUCGAAAAUGGAUUUAAAGGUUGUAUUCGAUAUCGCCAAAACAUCGAUCAAAUUCAAGGCGAAUUAUUCAGUUUUUAUUUGGGGCAAAUUUUGAAAUUAAACAAUUUAGCCCCAUCUAUCGUGAGCGUGGUGAAUUUAAAAGACGAUUUUUUCAAAAAUAUCGUUCACGAUAUCUCUUUGGCCCAAUGGAAUUCCAACAAACCCAUCGUUUUAACCAAAUACAUCGAGAAUUUAGACUCUGCGAAUAUCCCGAAAGUUUUUAAAUCGAGCGAUAAACAUUUAAACAAAUUUGACGUAAAAAAAAUAAUCGACAACGAAUUAGAAACGUCAAAAUCAUUAAUCGAGUUGGCCCAAUGGUGCGAUUUAAUAAUUUUUGAUUAUUUAACCGCGAAUUUAGAUCGGGUUGUUAAUAAUUUGUUCAAUUACCAAUGGAAUGUGAAUAUAAUGGAGGCUCCGGCGCAUAAUUUGGCGAAAAAUUCGAAUUCGAAUUUGUUGGUUUUUUUGGAUAACGAAUCCGGGCUUUUGCACGGAUACCGAUUGUUGCAGAAGUACGAAAAGUAUCAUUCGAUUUUGUUGGAUAAUUUGUGCAUGUUUCGGAAACAAACCGUUAAUAUAAUCAAAGAUUUGAAGUUUAAAAAGAACGUGGGGGUGCUUUUGAAAGAAAUGUUUGACAGAAAUAAUGACGGUAAGGUUAAGGACGUGUUACCAACUUUGCCCGAGAAAAGUAUUAAAACAUUAAACGAGCGCAUCGAAAAGGUUUAUAACCAAAUUUUGAAAUGCGAAUCGAUUUAUUCCGAUAAUAGGUAAAAGUUAAUUAAAAUUGUUAAUUUAGGUAAUCUUUUUUUUCAAAAAAAAAUUAUUGCGACUGUGAUGUUAAUUUUGUUAAGAUUUUCUAAAUUAAAAACCAAAUAUAUUGAUAAUAAUCUAA